AUGCUGUUUUUAAAUGAUCUUCAACAGCGUGGAGGUGGAGGUUCAAAAGGGUAUGAUUUUUGGAUCAUAGUUGCAAUAUGUGAAUCGGUACUUAGUUGUCUAAAGAUUGGAUUAGAUGCUGCUUUAGGAUCAAUAUUUGUUAAUCAACGGCGGCUCAUGAAAACUUUGCUACUCCCAAGCAAAUUUGUGAUCUUAUGUGAGUAG